CUCGGACGAAGCUGCAGAAAAACACAGCGGAGAAGACCCACGUCUCGAGUUCGUCUUUUCACGGAAAAAAAAUGCAAGAAAAUCCGUGGAAAAGUCGAGGCGAAGUGGAAUUAAAAGCGGACGCAGGGGCCUCGGAGGUCCGGGGCUGAAGAUAGGACAACGCACAUAGGGUAUGCGUGUCUCUUCGUAGGUUUUUCACUGUUUUUAUGAGGGGAUCAAAACUUGUGCGGCGGCGGAAAAGAGAGCCACGGACGGCGGAGCCUCUGGAGUCCGCGGUAUAGCGCAAACAGACGGAGAAGAGAAGAGGGGAUCAUCAUCGCAGAGCCGCGAGACUCAUAGCAGCAGGCAUGGCUGGGGGCUGCCCGGCGGCAGAGGACCUGGCCCUAGGUGACGGGGCUCGCAGCUGAGGAGGACCUGCUUGCCCAGGGCCUAAUGACUCAGCAGGGGUGGAGCCCUUUGCAGAAGUGAAGAAGACUACAGCAAAGACAAAGAUGGGCCUCAACGCCUCCAGCUAUCCCCACUCCUGCUCCCCGCGGGUCACGGGCAACUCUCAGGCACAGCAGACAUUUAUAGGGACCUCCUCCUACUCCCAGCAGGCCUAUGGGUGUGAGGCCAAGCUCUACAGCCUUGAGCAAGGACCAGACAAACCCUCAGACAAGAAGAAGAAGAGCUCGGGCCUGGCUACCCUCAAGCGCCGUUUCAUUAAACGUCGCAAGUCCAGCCGUUCAGCUGACCACGCAAAGCAAAUGCGUGAGCUGUUAUCAGGCUGGGACGUGCGGGACGCUAAUGCACUGGUUGAGGAGUAUGAGGGUACGGCCGCCCUCAAGGAGCUCAGCCUGCAGGCCAGCUUGGCACGGCCUGAGGCCCGCACGCUGGCACGCGAUCUGGCUGCCCUCUACGAGCACAAGUACUGUACGGACGUAGAUCUGAUCUUCCAGGAUGCUUGCUUCCCUGUGCACCGUGCUAUCUUGGCUGCCCGUUGCCCCUUUUUCAAGACACUGCUAUCUUCCUCGCCGGAGUACGGUGCCGAGGUCCUGUUAGAUGUGCGCACGGCGGGCAUUGACGUGCCCAUGUUCUCCGCACUACUACGGUACCUGUACACGGGCGAGCUGGUGCCAGGUGAUGUGCGGCUGCGCAACGUGGAUGUGCUGGUGCAACUGAGUGAGGAAUUUGGCACACCCAAUCCGCUUGACGCAGACAUGCGCAACCUUUUCGACUACAUGUGCUACUAUGACUCGCUGCUCAGCUUUUCCUCAGAAGCUGAGUUGGUGGAAGCCUUUGGGGCAGGGGGCGGUGCUGGUGGAGGCCUUGGAGGUGGGGUCUGUGCUGCUGGGGGGCAGAGCUGCUCAGAGGAGGAAUUGCGGGCCCACAAGGCGGUGCUGUCUGCACGCUCGCCAUUCUUCCGUAACCUGCUCCAGAGACGCAUCCGCACGGGUGAGGAGAUGACGGAGCGCACCCUGCAGACCCCCACACGCAUUGUGUUGGACGAAUCCAUCAUCCCCAGGAAGUAUGCACGCGUGAUCCUGCACUGCAUGUACACAGAUGUAGUGGACCUGUCCUAUGUGCUGCGCUCCAGCCCCUCAACUGGCAGCCUGGGAGAGGUUCAGGCACUGGUGGCAGGGAAGGCCAACAUGACCCGCGCUGAGGAGGCCAUGGAGUUGUACCACAUUGCCCUCUUCCUGGAGUUCAGUAUGCUGGCACAAGGCUGUGAGGACCUAGUGGUGGAGAGCCUCUCGCUGGACUCGCUGGUCGCCAUCCUGAAGUGGAGCUCCCAGCCCUAUGGCUCUAAAUGGGUGCAUCGCCAGGCCCUGCACUUUCUUUGUGAGGACAUCGGCCAGAUCAUGACCUCCGACGUCUUGUAUGAGCUGAGCAAGGAGCACCUGCUCACCGCCAUCCAGUCUGACUACCUGCAGGCCAGUGAGCAGGACAUUCUGAAGUACAUUGUGAAGUGGGGAGAGCACCAGCUCAUUAAAAGGAUGGCAGACCGAGAGCCCAACCUGCUGAGCGGCACGGCCCACAGCGUCAACAAGCGAGGGGUGAAGAGGCGAGACCUGGACAUAGAGGAGCUGAAAGAGAUCCUGUCACCCCUGCUGCCUUGUGUCCGCAUUGAGCACAUCCUGCCUCCUAACAGCGAAGUUCUCGCUGAUGCAAUGAAGCGGGGCCUGAUCAGCACCCCACCAUCGGACAUGCUUCCCACAGCCGAGGGGGGCAAAGCCAACGCCUGGCUGAGGCAAAAGAGUGCCGGCAUCUACGUGCGACCCCGUCUCUUCUCCCCGUAUGUCGAGGAGGCCAAGGCUGUACUGGAUGAGAUGAUGGUGGAGCAGACAGACCUGGUGCGACUGCGCAUGGUGCGAAUGUCCAACGUGCCCGAUACGCUCUACAUGGUCAACAAUGCUGUGCCACAGUGCUGCCACAUGAUCAGCCACCAGCAAAUGGCUGCUGGCCAGACUGCCCCUCCAUCCGUCGUGGCCAAUGAAGUGCCAGUGCCCAAGCUGGCGGUUGUGAAACAGAUGAUCCAGCGACUACAUGAGCUACGUCACACGGACCAGGUUCAGCGGGCCUAUGCUCUGAAUUGUGGCGAGGGUGCCACUGUCAGCUAUGAGAUCCAGAUCCGUGUACUCAGGGAGUUUGGCUUGCCUGACGGAGCUGCUGAACUGCUGCAGAAUCCACACAAGUUCUUCCCAGAUGAGCGUUUUGGUGACGAGAGCCCGGUUCUGGCACUGCGCCAGGCGGGUCGGUGUCGGGUCAACAGCACACCAGCGGCAGAGAAUAUGUUCCCAGACCUGGAGGCCAUGGCCAGCUUCCACCCACCGCUGCCCCCGCCCCCACCGCCCUACCACCCCCCCGCCACGCCUGGUCACGCCCAGGUGAUGGCUGCCUGGAGGCCUCGCGCGCCCUGCCAGCCCCCAUCCCGGUCCUUUUCUUAUCCCUGCAACCACUCCCUGUUGACCCGGCACCCUCCGUCCAAGCACAGCAGCCCUGCUUACCCCACCGGGGUCAAGGCCCUGCCCCCUGACUGCGCCAACCUCCCGGGCAUGGCCCGCCCGCUGCCCCCCGACAAGCAGGGGAACAUGGAGCCUGUGAUCAGCGAGUUCAUGCCGGACAUUGCAAUGGGCGUCGCAGCCAUGAGCUUGAAAGAGAGGCGGCUGGCUGAGGGCACCAUGGAUGGUGACGGUCGCGACCUCCAUCCACAUGCCUCCACGAUGCCACCCACACCACACUAUCCUGCCGGUCCCCGUCAUGGUCACGCUCCCUGCAAGAAGCACGGCCCUGAGGUCAAACAGGAGGGCCGCCCAGAGUUUCCCGACUUGUACGACUUUUCCUGCCGCCCAGCCACCCCAGCGGGCAGCCGCCACACGCCUCCUCCGUUACCAGGCUCCUAUGUGGGACCUGACCUGUACAGCAGCAACCGCCCGACUCCUGGCCACCUCCCACCCGCUUACCUGGCCGACAUGCAGCCUGCUGGCUGGCCUGCUGUGGACUCCCUGCGCCUGGACGUCUUGGAGCAGCCCCCACAGCGAAUAGACCUGGCCUUGGCUACUGGAGGGGCGCAAGGAGGAGGUGGUCAUCUCUCCAGGGGACGCUCCAAAAAUGAGACGGACCUCACCUGUGGCUUGGGGCCAGCCCGCUCCCCCAGUGCCCCAGAUGGCACAGGGGGAGGGCCAGAGCCUGGAGGCCCCCUGCUGACCCACUGGAACAGUGCUAGCGAGGAGGCUGUUGCCAGCAGAGACCGCAGGUCACCGAACAAGCCUGAGUACCCUUACAGGAAAUCUGCACUUUAAUCCCAGACAGAGUGUCCAGGAACAAAAGGGAAAAUGGCAGACUUGUGACACUCCUCUGUGGAAUGUGGAGUCAUCGCCGCUCGGGAGAUUCCAGCCUUAUGGCACCAAGCACAGGCUGUCCCACCGAGACUUGAGUACCAGCUGCUUGAUGAAAUGACCCCCUUGCCGUGACCCCUGGUGACCCUCACUGCGCAGUGUUAUCCUCGCGACGGGGUCAUUCUGGUUGAGCGCUGAGUGAGUAAUCGAGAGGUGCCCUCUCUGAUCUGCUGCAUUAGAUUUACAGCUCCGCUUCCAGCCCUGCUCUAAGGAGCUGGAGAUGGGGCUGGGCAAUCAAGAUGAGCAGCUUCUCUGGUCCUAAUUAGCAUCUCCGUCCACAGAUGAAGGUGUUGAUAGGUGGCCUCCUCCCCUCUUCUCUAGUCUCCCCAUCGACACGCUCAUUGGCUAAUUGAUUCUGUCUUCGCCUGCGGCGCUACCUCGCCGUUCGAGGCAUCGCUUUCAUUUUACAAUGCAACUUUAAUAAUGGUAGUAGUAAUGGGAGGAACGUAACGAUAGUCUUUUGCAUCCCAGCUGACAUGUGACCUUCGAUCCACUUUGCAUUUGCAGGCACUAACACUUACACACAAUUUAAAGCUUGACUAGUGGUGGUGAGGAGCUGCGAGGCAAGCGCAGAUCGAUCGGCCUCCUCUCUCAGCGUCGCAGAUCUGUCAUUGCUGCUUAGCAACAGGGGGUGCAGCAGUCAACGGCAGAUCACUGGGCAUCUGCUGCCCCCAGAGGCAGAACCAUAGGUGGCAGCAGCCACACCCUGUAGUAUGUGCCGGCCAGCCCCCCUUCCAUGUUCCGCUGACAUUCAGCGAUUUAUGAAUAUUCAUCACUGUUAUGUUACAGUAGAGCUUUUAAUGAACAUCCAUCUCAAAUCCAUUUUCAACCCCAAAAACCUACACUUUUCAGUUGGAUGGGAGGAAUACCAUGAGAAACGCAUGCACUCAACCAGACUGACCACAUGUAAGUAUCUGGCAGGCGUGUACUCAGUAUGGUCACACCCCAGUGUAAGACCCUCUGCAAAUGCAGUGUUCACCGUUGUUCAUGGUUGUUUGUGCUCUAAGGGCUAUCUUUGUUCUUGGUGUCAAACCGUGCUUGGCCAGAGAAAAUAACAUAAUGAUGUCACAGUGAUGAAAGGGUCAGUCACUCUUGGGGGCUCACAAAGGAUCCCGUGGUUAGCCAGCACCCCAGAUUAACAGUUCUGCGAUCUGAAUAGAUACCAUUUGGGUUUAUUCCUCUUUUCCCUGUCAGUCUAAGGCAUUUAUGUUCAAUUUCCUGUAAGUCUUCUGUUUCCUUCUCUUCUGUAUCUCUUAACUUGCAAAACCAAACAUUUCUGACAUGUUACAUCUUUGUUGGUUUGUUCAGGAACUGAGACCACGUUUGCAGUGGUUGCCAGGUAACGUUCCCUUUACAUUUCGGCCCACGGUCUUCAAAUUGCUGCCUGACCAGAGUGCUGUAUCCAGUCACAAAAGCCAGUUAAUCUCAGCGAGCAAAAGCCAAGGACCGGUUGGACCAGGUGUUGAGCUUUGAUUGCAGUGCAUUAUGGGAAGAGAAGUGGGGGCCUGGCUGGCAACAGGAGUUAACAUUAUGAGCAGUGUCUGACCCCUCUUGGCAGGUGUGUAAUUACAUAUCGGUGACAGAGUGACAUUAUCCAUUUUGAUAACUGUGGACCAUCAAGCCACCAGCUGUCUGAGCUCCUGGUCAAACUGAGUUGAGUUUUUUUGGGGCGACAUACAAGCAGACACUCUUUUUGCUCUGCUCUGUCACUGACCGAAUUGGCUUUCCCCGAAGUGCUGCUCAGUCGGUACUUAGGCAGUGCUCGUCUGGCGUACCCCCCUCGCUGCCUCAAACCGUGUGACCUCCACAGUGCCACCUCCUGGGCUAAUCUUGAUUCUGCAGGCAGGCUCUCUGUCUCCCCUGUCCCGUUCCAUGGGUUUCUACCUCUGUUCCAUACAGUCUAAUGCAGGCCAUAAUGUGGUUGAGCUCAUAACGUCAUGAGCUCAUAACAUGCCUGACGUCCAACAUGCCCCAUGAGCCUGCUGCCUUAAUCCGUCACCAGAUCCUCUCUUGUAUGCAAUCCCUCGUUGUAUUAAUGCCAGUUCAAGUUUUGACAUUGCUAAGGUGCUUGCUGCCUGUGUCACUAUCAUUGGACAUGGUCGCUAUGGUCACCAUUACCAUCAUCAGCAUCCCCAUCAUCCUCAUCAGCAGCAGCAGUGCCACCUUUGGGGGAUUCUCUCCCCCCCCCCCCCCCA